CUAACUUUGGGCCCCCGUAGGCCUCGGGUCUGCGGACUCUCGCUGGAGUCACCGCCAUGGCCGGGUGUGCCCGCGGGUCCGCGCGCGCCGUGCUCGCCUGCCUGCUGGCGCCGGUUCUUGUGGCCCUCCUGGUGGCGCCGGCGCGAGGCCGGGGCGGCCGGGAACACGCCGACUGGGACGCCGCCAAGCUGCUGCCGCCGCUGCCGCCCCGCGAGAAAGCGGCGCUCGUGGCCCGCUUCGUGACGAACGUCUGCGACUGGGGCGCGCUGGCCACCAUCUCCACGCAGGAGGGAGUGCGCGGCCGGCCCUUCGCCGACGUCCUGUCGCUUAGCGACGGGCCUCCGAGCAAGGGCAGCGGCGUGCCCUACUUCUACCUGAGUCCGCUGCAGCAGUCGGUGGGCAACCUAAAGGAGAAUCCAUAUGCUACGCUGACCAUGUCUUUGGCAGAGACUAGCUUCUGCAAGAAAUAUGGAUUUGAUCCCCAAAGUCCCCUCUGUGCUCACACAAUACUGUCGGGAACUGUUGUCAAGGUGAGUGAGACAGAAGUGGACAUUGCAAAGAAUUCAUUAUUCAUUCGACACCCUGAGAUGAAAAGCUGGCCAUCCAGCCAUAAUUGGUUCUUUGCUAAGUUGAAUAUAACCAAUAUCUGGGUCCUGGACUACUUUGGUGGACCGAAAAUAGUGACGCCUGAAGAAUAUUAUAACGUCACAUUUCAGUGAAGCAGCAUAUGGUGAAUUUAACCACACAUGCGAAGCGUCUUAGGAAAUUGCAUACAGACUUGGGGCGCUUAAUGUUUCUCUAUGGAAAGCUUCCCAGAAGAUUAACCAGUUUUCUGUCACAUGCUGGUUUGUUUGUUCGCUUGCUUGCUUGUUUACAGAAUUGAGUGGGAUUGUUACUGGAUUUCUUGGAAGAUGAGAUUGCUAGAUAUGUAUUUAUUUUUUCAUAUUUUAAAGCCAUUUUCAUAGAGACAUCUUUUGUUAUGAUCAAAGGUUUUGUUCCAUCACUCCCAAAUGGUUUUCCAACGGUGAUCCUUGUAAAGGGGCAGGUACCAGAUUUAGAUUGACCAUUGGCGUUUGAAAGUACUCAAGUAUAUGUUCUCAAUUCCUGGAAACCCCUGUGCUGGGGAGAGGUCGUCCCUCCCCAACGGCUGCUGCCUGAACCCAUACUGAGGGGUUGGCACAUGUUACAUACAGUGCACCUGAAUAAAUCUUGCCAAGACAAACAAACAAUGAUGAAACACAAAUGGAACGUCCCACUCAUGGUCCAUUUCUGUCUGACAGUCCUUGAGCCAACGUAGGGCAAAACUAUUUCUUUUUUUUUUCAAAACUAUUUCUUAUAAAGAACUUUUUAAAAAGCUUUUCAAAUCCAAGGUGAUAAUUACCUAGAACAAAUUAAGUUCAUAAAAUUUCCUGAAUUUGAUUUAACCAAAGAAGUUCAUAAAACUUCCUGAAUUUGGUUUUCCCAGCCAAGCGAACACUGUAUAAUCAGUUUCCUCCACUCAAAAUAUGUACACAGAAGCACACAUAUUUUUUUUUUUGCCCCAAAAUGGGAUUGCAAAAGAAAGGAGGGAAUUUUGUGUGUCAGUUGUUUCGGGUGUUCCUUUACAAGUAAAGUUAACCUGGACAUGGACCAGCUUAAACCAGGGCCGAAGUCCAUCCCCCAACCACUCUCUGUAGCUUUUUUUUUUUUUUUUU